AUGGCUGAAGACCUUCAAGAACAGCUGGACCUUCCAGCGGAUCCCGCUCUUGGCGGCCUUGCGGAGGCCUCAGCCGCGCGGUCAUCAGGUACCCGCAGAAACCCGAAGAAACGGACUAAGACCGGCUGCUUGACUUGUCGAAAACGUCGAAUCAAGUGCGGAGAGGAGAAGCCCAUAUGCACCAACUGCGUCAAAUCCAAGCGAGUCUGCGAGGGAUAUGCCCAACGAGUCGUGUUCAAGAACCCCAUAGGUAUAUUUGGAUCAUUCCACAAUGGUCCUGGUCAUGAUCUACAGAUGCCGAUGGAGCAACAACAUAUGAGGGUGCCAAUGUACAACGACUACAGCUCUCAUGUUCUCCCACAACAAGCGGCAGCCGCUUCGCAGCACCCAAUGCUCGCCCCGCGACCUAUUGAUCCAGCGACUGUGGGUUAUCAGCCAUUUUCGUCACAGUUUUCUUCCUCGAAACAUGCCCAGCCGGUCAAUGUGCCUCCUUUUCACUAUCCAGCAGCUUCCUCACAACCGCCACCCCAUAUAUGGCAGCCAAUGGCUCAAGCGGAGAGCACAUCGAUUCCGCCGAACACGACUAAUUACUCACAAACACAGCAGCCAGUUCAGUAUCAGACAAGGACUCCACCUAGGCCACAGGCAAAUGCUCAGACCAGACCGCAGGUCACCAGUCCAAUGGGACAGACUGCCGAAGAAUACGCCUCCAAUCUUUCCUCACUGUCAUCUGACUCAUCUCUCAAUCCGAUGUCGAUGUCGAUGACUAGGCCGCUUGACAUCAAUCCAGUCCCUCGGGUGGCCCAGCCUCUACCGAUGAUAUAUCAUUAUCAGCCGCCGCCAAGGCAGUUACCGCAGCAAUCACGAUCUCAUGAAGAGUUUAUACCUCACCGGCUACCCCAUCAGUCACAAGUGGUAUAUAUGGAAGAUGAAAGCGAGGACUAUUAUGACGUGGACUCGGACGACGAGAUGGGUGGUCAAUCGCAGGUCGAAGGCUUCAAUCAGUUGAGCCUCAUCAUGACCUCUGCCAACCGUGACGAGCGACAACUACGUUCCUUCACGACCUAUUUGAACGAGCCUAAUGUUCUCGCCUCAUAUCGUCCUACGCUUGGUUCUUCGCCCCUUAACAACCCCAAGACCGCUCGCAUCUUUGCUCACUUCAUUCACUCGACUGGUCCCUCCUUGUCUAUAUUUGAACGACAUCCUACUGACUCCUCGAUUGUUCUUGGAGAGCCUGUCCCAGCGGCGCAACAAGGUUUAUGGGUCUAUACGCUUGCUCUCAAGGCUUUGGAGCAUCCGGCCCUGCUCCAAGCAAUACUGGCUGUGAGUAGUUUACAUAUCGCAUACCUCCAAGGAGUCCCCACGACUGUGUCUCUAAAGCACUACCACUAUGCAUUGAAACGAGUUAGUACCGCAGUUGGUCUGCCACUCCGACGCAAGCAAGUCGGAACUUUGGCGGCCACUCUUUUACUGGGCUACUACGAAGUCAUAUCCGCCGACCACUCAAAGUGGAAUAACCAUGUGGCCGGGUCUGGGCAUCUGAUCCGAGAAAUCGAUUUUGCCAGAACUACCAGAGAUCUUCGGGCCUAUCGGCGUCGAACUAAUGAGAAGCGGCAGCAGUCAGACUGGUCAAAUACCUGGUGGGGCAUACCCGACUCUGUCUCCGAGGAUGAUCCCUUUGCUGAAAAAGAGGGCACCGUCGACAAAGAUCUUAUAGGCGCCAUAAUGGGAAGCGCUGUCAACUAUGAUCAUUUUGGAGGCAUCGAUGAGGAAUCCACAACGCCUCCCAAAAGGCAUUUCACCCGCAAAGACAUUGAGGUGUUCCGGAUUCAGUGCGAUCUGUAUUGGUGGUACGCAAAGCAAGAUGCGCUUCAGAGCUUCAUCGGCGGAAACAACCUAUUAAUGCCUUACUCUCAAUGGGGUCAAUGCCCGCCCCGAGCGGGCAUCGGCCGAUUAGACGCCAUCUAUGGCUCUGCGGACCAUUUGUGGAUUCUGCUCGCUCGAGUGACAGAUUUCGGAUUCCGUGAUCGCAAGCGGAAGUUGAAAACCCUGAAGUCAGCCGGGAUGGAUUGGAGGCCAGGCCCUGAGAUGUUCCAGUUCAUGGGUCGGUUCGCUGGCGGUCCUCCCGGCCAAAGACCUGGACCCCCUGGUGCUUUCUCGGGCCCGCCUAAUCCUAAAGGUCCGCCUAUGGCGAAGCCUACUGGGCCAUCUGCAAAAGCCGGACCGGCAUCGGCUGACAGUCCUCCAAUGUACGGAAUGAUACCACCCCAACCGCCUGCACGCCUUCCCACUGGAUUCCAGGAUACGCCGUCCGAGCCGCGCUCAUCGCCAGAGCAGGAUGACGCGGCCCAGGAGAUGAAUUACAAGGAAGCCGAGCAAGAAUGGGAAGAAAUCCUGGUCGCCAUUGACCUCUUUGCUCAUGCGCUUGGACGGGAUUUCCAGCCUCUGCCGGCAGAUGUCGCGCCCCCGAUCUCAACUCCAUUUGGUCCCGCCCUCCAAUAUCGUACACACACCAUCGCCGUGAUUUGGGGCUAUUACUAUGCCAUCCGCCUUCUGCUGAACCGGCUCCAUCCCUGCAUGCCCCCCGCCAUUAUGAUGGCUGCCGGUGUAGCUGCGCCUAUAACGGCUGGAUAUGCACAAACCAUUGGGAAGAUCAUGGCGGGCAUCUACUACCCACAACGCUUUAAUCUCGAAGCGGGGAGUCUCAACCCAAAUCUGGGUUCUUCGCUGACUGACAUGACUGUACCGAUCUUCUUCGCCGCUAUACAAUACACGGAUACUACGCAGCGAGCUUGGACCAUUUCGAAACUCCGUGAGAUCUCCCGACUGACGGGGUGGAAGAGUGCAGACGCUAUUGCCGGUGGCUGUGAGUCAGCGUGGGUUACGGCUGCAGCGCAAGGUCGUGGACCGCCCUAUCAGCGGUCAUUUGAGACGGACCGAGCACGACAAAAGGAACGAGGGGAAGAUGUAAGCAUCCUUCUUGGCCAUCUUGGUCUGUUAACAUUCCAUAUACUAAUGACUGCGCCACAGACUGAGGCUGUGCUGGAGGUGGACGAUCGUCGUUUUGUGAGGGUCAAUCCAGAUCGGGCGCAUUGGGCUAUGGGGAUCUUAGAAGAGGACAUUGAAAAUUUGGAGAUCUAG